AUGGAUCACAAAGCCAAUAAUCCCUCUAGCUCGCAUUGUAACUAUUUUCAGGGAGUUCUUGACUACAUAAACCAAAUGCUUAUGGAAGACGAUGAUUUGGAGAACGGGCGUUUUGUAUAUCCAGACUUGUUGGCUCUCCAGGCCGCUGAAAAAUCUCUGGGUGAUGUUCUUAACGCUCAAGAAUCAAGUGGCAAUGAUGCCGGCCGGCGAGGGGACAAGAGACACCGUUGUGGAGAAGACAUUAAUGAUCAAUGGGCUGUGUUAUUGCAGCGAAUUGGGAGCAUCAGCAAAGCGCGUGUUCAGGCGAGAGCGCCGGCGAGACGAGGGAGGCCGCGCGGCGGCGAGCGGGGAGGAGGCAAUGUAAAGGAGGAGGUGGAUUUGGCGGGGCUUUUAAACCUGUGUGCACAAGCCGUGUGGGGCGAGGAUUUCAGGACGGUGAAUGAACUCCUGGGCAGAAUCCGACGACACUGCUCCCUUCACGGCGGCGCCGCCGAGAGGCUGUCGCAUUAUUUCGCUAAAGCCCUCGACGCGCGCUUGGCCGGCACCGGGGCAGCGCUAUACACUGCGAACAGAGGUUCCCUUGCAGAUACACUGAAAGCCUAUCAGAUGUACUUCACCGCUUGCCCUUUCAAGAAACUGUCCAACAUGUUCGCCGACAAGUCAAUCGGGAAAUUGACGAUGGGGGCAACCAAGAUUCACAUAAUUGACUUUGGUAUAUCGCAUGGCUUUCAAUGGCCGUGUUUGAUUCAGGGUCUCUCUCGGCGGCCCGGCGGACCUCCGGCGCUUCGUAUCACCGGAAUAGAUCUUCCUGAACCGGCCGACAGACUUGAGGCUACAGGGCGUCAUCUAUCCUACUAUUCCAAGAAAUUCAAUGUCCCUUUCCAAUACACCUCCGUGAGGAAGAAGAAAUGGGAAACUAUCUGUUCUGAGGAUGUUAGGAUUGAGAGGGAUGAAGUGUUGGUGGUGAACUGUCUGUACAGGCUACAAGACGUUCCAGACGAGACAACGGCCCUUUUUGGGUCAACAUUGGAGGACAGUCCGAGGGACACAAUCCUUAAGUUCAUCAAACAACUAAAUCCCCACGUUUUCGUGCACGGAGUUGUGAGUGCAUCGUACAACGCCCUUGUAUUCUCCACCCGCUUUCGUGAGGCAAUCUUCCAUUUCUCGUCCCUGUUCGACAUGUUGGAGGGGACGGUUCCUGGGGGAGAUGAAGGGAGAGUGGUGUUCGAGAGAGAGAUUCUUGGACGGGAAAUUAUGAACGUGGUGGCCUGCGAAGGGGCAGACAGGAUGAAGCGGCCGGAGACGUACAAGCAGUGGCAAGAAAGGAGUCAGAGAGGUGGGUUUGAGCAGAUGUGGCCGGAUGGGGAUAUCAUGAGACAGGUGAGGGCUAAAGUGAAGGAUUACAGCAAUGAUUUCUUCGUGGAAGAAGAUGGAAAGUGGAUGUUGCAGGGAUGGAAGGGUCGAGUUAUCUAUGCAAUCUCGUGUUGGAAGCCUGAAUGUCAUCAAUGA